CGCCUGGAACUUUUAGCCUGUCGCCAUUUUGCUCCCAGAAACGAGGAGAAGUGAAGAGGUUAUUCUGUGAAAAUCAGCUCAUCGCGCGUCAGGUGUUGAAUCAUUUCUUUUGUUACAGUCACAGUUCUUCUGUCUGAGGAGAGAAAAUGGCGAGUCCAGGUAAAGAGAGCUUUCGUCUGAAGAGCUACAAGAACAACUCUCUGAACCCCCAAGAGAUGAGACGCAGGAGAGAAGAGGAGGGGGUGCAGCUGCGGAAACAGAAGAGAGAGGAACAGUUGUUCAAAAGGAGGAACGUGUCUCUCCCAAACGAUGAGUCGAUGUCUGAGUGUCCGAUCCAGGAUCCAGACAUCAGCACCACCGUCCCCAUGGCCGGGGACGCUAUGAUCUCUCCAGACAUGAUUCAGAUGAUCCUCUCUGACGUUCCAGACCAACAGCUCCUCGCCACACAGAAGUUCAGGAAGCUUCUGUCCAAAGAGCCAAACCCACCCAUAGACGAGGUCAUCGCCACUCCAGGAGUCGUGAGCAGAUUCGUCGAGUUCCUCCAAAGAACCGAGAACUGUACUCUGCAGUUCGAGGCGGCGUGGGCUCUCACAAACAUCGCCUCUGGGACUUUUCUUCACACUAAGGUCGUCAUCGAGACCGGAGCUGUGCCCAUCUUCAUCAAACUCCUCAACUCUGAGUACGAAGACGUUCAGGAACAAGCGGUGUGGGCUUUGGGGAACAUUGCUGGAGAUAACGCUGAGUGCAGAGACUAUGUGCUGGACUGUGGGAUCCUGCCGUCACUGCAGCAACUCUUGGACAAGUCAACACGACUUACUACAACCAGAAACGCUGUGUGGGCUCUGUCCAAUCUGUGCAGAGGCAAGAACCCACCUCCAGACUUCAACAAGGUGUGUCCUUGCCUCAGUAUCCUGUCUCGUCUCCUCUUCAGCAGUGAUUCAGAUGUUUUGGCAGAUGCCUGCUGGGCCCUGUCCUAUCUGUCCGACGGCCCCAAUGACAAAAUACAGACUGUUAUCGACUCUGGGGUCUGUCGCCGUCUAGUGGAGCUACUCAUGCACAGUGAUUAUAAAGUGGUGUCUCCUGCUCUUCGUGCUGUGGGGAACAUAGUGACAGGAGACGACAUUCAGACACAGGUGAUACUGAACUGCUCUGCGCUGCCCUGUCUCCUGCACCUCCUCAGCAGCCCCAAAGAGUCCAUCAAGAAGGAGGCGUGUUGGACUGUGUCAAACAUCACAGCUGGAAACAAGGCGCAGAUACAGAACGUGAUCGACUCAAACAUCUUCCCAGUUUUGAUCGAAAUCCUUCAGAAGGCAGAGUUCAGAACGAGGAAAGAGGCGGCCUGGGCCAUCACCAACGCCACAUCCGGAGGAACCGCCGCACAAAUCAGAUAUCUGGUCUCUCUGAACGUGAUCAAGCCGCUGUGUGACCUUCUGACGGUGAUGGACUCAAAGAUCGUGCAGGUCUCUCUGAGCGGGUUGGAGAACAUCCUGAGACUCGGAGAGAAGGAGGCCAAGAAGAACGGCUCCGGCAUCAACCCGUACUGCGCCCUCAUUGAGGAGGCUUACGGACUCGACAAGAUCGAGUUUCUUCAGGGCCAUGAAAACCAAGAGAUUUACCAGAAAGCAUUUGACCUGAUCGAGCGAUACUUCGGUGUCGAGGAAGAGGACUCCAAUCUGGCCCCGCAGGUCGACCAAAACCAGGGGCAGUUCCUUUUCCAGCAGCAAGAGGGCCCCAGAGAGGGAUUUCAACUUUAACUCCAGGCUCCAACUACCACCAGGUCCACACAAAUCUGAGUCGGAUCGCUCGUCUUUGGUAAUGUCUCUCCAAAUUCACUUGUACGAUGCCACGACGCAAACGAUUUAAAGUGAAGGACAAAAUGGGAUGAGAUCAGCCACAACAUGAAAACGUGAACCAGAUGGACUCAUAAAAAAUCUUCAACAGUUGUAGAUUUUUGGACUUGCUGCGUGACAUGCUUUUCUGUGUCUUGAAUGUGAAUCUACCUCCUCCAAUCGUCCAAGAAGUAAAAGAUGACACCGUGACCCCUGCCAAGGCACUGGUCCUAUCUCGCAAUGACAAAAAGCCUUUUUAGUGCCCAGAUCUGAAGUGAAGCCCACAUGGUUUUACAGAGUUAAAUGUAAGGAUCAGUUUGGUAAAGAAGCUACAAGACCAGAAAAGGCUCAGGUAAGAUAAACAUUUUCAACGAUAAUCUGACCGAAACCAGAGGCCUGCACGAAGGUUUAACCUGAAGCUGUCUGCAAGGACUAAACCAGGUCCAGACCAGAGCGGAACAGGGUCUGAACCCAGGACUAAACCAGGACUAAGCAAGGACAGAAACCACUCUGAUCUAGGUCUAAACCCGGACUAAUCCAGAUCCAAACCAGAUCUAAACCAGAACUAAGGGAUCGCAGCAAAGACUAAAUCAGUUCCUAGCCAGGAUGGAGCCUGGUUUGAACCCAGGACUAAACCAGAACUAAACCAGGACUAACCCAUUUCCAGCAGAUCUCAGCAGGACUGGAGUGGAUCCCAACCAGGACUAAACUGGACUUUGGAGGGGGCUGUAUUUAUUGCUCUAGUUUCUUUUUCUUUUUAAACCCAUGAGGUCAUGACUCCAAACCCAGGCUUCAAACUGCACAAAACAAAUGCAAGUUUCUCUAAUGUCCACGUGGGGGCGCCACACAGCUGCAGGGAGUGAAUGUGUGGACAUGAUCUUUAGCUCAAGGAAAACCACAGUUUCAAUUUUUGUCCAGUCAAAUGUUUUACCAAAUCCACGGCCAGAUGUGUCCUUUUGUUCUUUUUGUUUUGAAACGGUCACUGUUCAAAUCACUUUGUGGAGAAUAAACCAUGUAACUCCAAAAUCUAAACUCUGAGAUGUUAUGAGGCCUGUCACAUUUUAAAGUACCAUAUUUAGCAAAGAGAUAAAUGAGAAUACUGAAACUAAUCUAAUAAGAUUAUCUCCAAAAUCUAUUCUAAAUGUUUAGUAAGGUUAAAAACAUAAGCUGCAGAAUCAAACACUUUAGUACAAACAAACAAACGCUCCCCUUUAUACAAACAGCACUGACCCCAAGCUGCAUCGAUCUGUCGUGUAUCGAGUGAUAAGUCAAUGUAGUUGUCUUGGAGACAGGCCUGAUGCCGUGAGAGCUGUGAGAGCUGUGUGAGCCGGAAUCACGUUUUGUGCUCUUCGUACUAAAGUGUUUAAAGCUUUGUGUGUGUUCUUUAGGCAGCACAGGACAAAACCAAAUAUCGACCUGUGCUGGAGAUGUCAGGCCGAUAGCCCAUUCAGUAAACAGUGCAAAUAUCGGUCUGUCGCUAGUAAAAAUAAUUUCCACAAAAAUAUCUUUUGUGACAAUGUGCAGCGCUGUUUCUGUUAUUUUUCGUGGAUCAGAUGAACUUGAUCUUGAUGAUUCUUUGAUAUUAAUAAAAAUGUCAUAAAAGUCUGAGAUUCCUCCAGUUUGAGGGUCGACAUUUAAAGUGAUUCUAAUGUGACUGUAUUUGUUUAUAAAGCUUCUGUAGAGCUGAAUGUGUUUGUCAUCACAUUAAAGGGCUGAUGCCACAUGGCCCAGUCACAAGUCAGAUCUAUGGAGAUUCGACCUUAAAAAUUAAAAAGGUGAUUUUAAAAUAAUUUGUGGUAAAAAUAGAAUUGGAAUUUUGAAUUGGUGUGACUUAUUUGGUCAAAUCUCUGCUACGUUGGUUGUAUUUAUUUCCGGCUUUUUUCAGUUUUUGUUUUGUGUUUUAUUUUUUUUCGUAUCAGGGCAAAGGUGUGUCAUAGUUUUUCUUUUGUUUGAUUUUUAGAAAAGUGAAUCUAUAAAUUAUUUUCAGAUGUUUCUUGUACAGAAUAAAUGAGACUGUACGAUCGGCUUU